AUGUUAAGUGAAAUAAGUAUUGGAUUACAAGCUUGUUUGCGUGUAUCUCGACUUAAGGAUGAAGGAAAAGUUGCACCAGAACAAAUUUCUUUAAUUAAACGAAAUUCUUGUGGUAAAGCUUUGGAUAUUGCACGAAAGGCGAGGGAUAUACUUGGCGGUAAUGGAAUUGUGGAUGAAUAUAAUAUAAUGCGCCAUAUGGUUAAUUUGGAGUCAGUAAAUACUUAUGAAGGUACUCAUGAUAUCCAUGCAUUGAUUUUGGGGAAGGCGAUAACUGGGAUUCAAGCAUUUCAAUAA